AUGAGUGGAGGUCGCUUUGAGUUUGACGAUGGCGGAGCCUAUUGCGGCGGCUGGGAAGGUGGCAAAGCGCACGGGCACGGCAUCUGCACCGGACCCAAAGGACAGGGAGAGUUCUCCGGAUCCUGGAAUUAUGGGUUUGAAGUUGUUGGGGUCUAUACUUGGCCCAGUGGAAACACGUACGAGGGCUACUGGACCCAAGGGAAGCGUCACGGUCUUGGUGUCGAAACCAAAGGUCGCUGGGUCUACAAAGGAGAAUGGACGCACGGUUUCAAAGGAAGAUACGGCACGCGUAUCAGCCAGGGCAGCGGCGCCAAGUAUGAAGGAAUGUGGAAUAAUGGGUUGCAAGAUGGAUACGGGGCAGAAACCUACGCAGAUGGCGGCACCUUCCACGGGCAGUUCACGGGCGGCAUGCGGCACGGGUACGGCGUGCGUCAGAGCGUUCCGUACGGCAUGGCGGCGGUGGUGCGCUACCCGCUGCGCACCUCCCUCACCUCCCUGCGCAGCGAGCUGAGCAACGGUGCGCUGCUGCAUCAGGAGGCCCCUGCCGCCGGGGCCACCGCCGCCGCCGCCAGCCAGGACGCCCCCGCGCCCCCGCCCCUCCUCCGGGGCCCCGCCCGCGGCGGCUUCGCCCUCACCCUGCAGGCCGACCCCGAGGCGGCCAAGCCCAAGAGGAAGGGCCUCUUCCGCAGGGGGUCGCUGCUGGGGAAGCUGAGGAGGGCGGAGUCGCGGAGCUCCCUCUCCAGCCAGAAGAGCAAGGUCAGCUUCCUGCGCUCCGACUCCGCCGUCAGCUCGGCCGCCAGCGACGCCAACUCCACCGGCAGCCUGGGCGAGGAGGCCGAGCCCGGCGAGGACUUCCCGCCCGUGGAGGCCGACAUCGACGCCACCACCACCGAGGUCUACAUGGGCGAAUGGAGGAACGACAAGCGCUCGGGGUACGGCGUCAGCGAGCGCUCCAGCGGCCUCAGGUACGAGGGCGAGUGGCUGGACAACCAGAGGCACGGCUACGGCUGCACCACCUUCCCCGAGGGCCGCAAGGAGGAGGGCAAGUACCGCAACAACCUGCUCGUCAAGGUCAUCAAGAAGAAGGUCCUCCAGCUCAGGGGAAACAAGAUCCGGCAGAAGGUGGACCACAGCGUGGAGGGGGCCCUGCGGGCGGCAGCCAUCGCCAAGCAGAAGGCCGAGAUCGCCGUCUCCAGAGCCAUUCAUGCGAAGGGCAAGGCAGAGGGGUCGGAACAGGCCUCUCUGGCCGCCAACAACGAGUCCAGCGUUGCCAGGAGGGUGGCCAGGGAGCUGUCCCCGACCUUCUACCAGCCAGGUCCAGAGUAUGUUAAGAAGAGAGUCCUACAGGACAUUGCAGAGAGCAGUGAGAACGAAGGGAGACCUCCUUUGCCAGCGGAGGAGCCCUUGGACACACGUCCCGAGACUCCGCAGAUACACGAGGUGGAGACCGCGGCGCGAGCGUCCACCCCCGCCCACACGCCCUCCCCCAGCCCGUCCACCUCCCCGCCAGAGUCACGGCGCUUCAAGCAGAGCCUCCACAAGGAGGACCCCCACCUGCUGAGCCCGGGGAGCUGGAACGGGGACCAGGGGCGGGGCGGCGGCGGCCGGAGCAGGAGCCUUCCCGGCAGCAAGCCGGGCAGCCGCCCGGCCACGCCCUCCCCCACUGGCGGCCAAUCCCGGCUCUCCGAGGGCCGCGGGUACGCCCGCAGCCCCAGCCGGCAGAGCGACCGGGCCGAGCACGGCUACGACCUGGAGAUCGAGCCGCUGCAGAGGAGCGAGGCGGAGCCCAAACCGCCACGCGCCGCGCCCGUCGCCGCCCCCUCCGACAACAAGGAGAGCCAAGGCCCCGCCGCCAAAGCGCCCCCCAAACCCGCCCACCCUAAAUCCAGAUCCGAUUCUGGAGACGGGACAGAGACCGAAGAGCCGCCCCGCGAGGAGCCGCCGCCUGCCGCAGAGAAAGGGGCGGAGUCCGAGGCCGGAGCGAGGGAGGAACGGAAGUCCGCACCGAAGGCGGAGGCUAAACCAAUGCCGAGAGCUGACCCCUCCCCACCCCCAAAACAGUCCCCAAACCCUGAACCCCCGCCCGAACUCCCG